GAGGUAACUGUCGGUCAUUCAAAUGCAGACACGAGUCACGACAAGUUGGGUUUUCGCUGCUCGAGUUCAAGGUUCUGGGAUCUGGGGGACUGGACAUACAGCAAGCCAUUUCUGGGCUUCUAAGGCUCAAAGUUCUUCCCUACCCUUUUUAAGAGCAGUUCCCAAUCUGAAGCAGGAUUCAUCACUGUGACUGUGCACCUCCCCUCACAUACUCCUUCUGUAACGGUAUGGCUUUUCAGUCGGAUACUGUCCAAUCUGUCAUCCUUUUUCCGGUCCACCUUGUGGUGUGGCUCUACUCUGUCCUCUCCUUCCUACCAUGGUACUACAUCACUGGUGCUGGCCAGAGGAAAACUAUGUCCAAGCGGGUCAAGGCCCGCUCUACCGCCGGCUGUGCCGAGGGACCUUACCGCUCUGUGGACCACUUUGACACUCUGGCCAAGGAAGAUCUGCCUGGCAAGAACACUCUAGAUAAGUUGUUCACAUUUGCCGUGGAGCGCUUCGGAGAUGCACCUAGUCUUGGCUCCAGAGAGGUGCUGAGUGAAGAAAACGAGAUACAGCCCAACGGAAAGGUUUUUAAAAAACUGAUCCUUAGUGACUACAAAUGGCUCUCCUACAAUCAAAUGGACUCUCUUGUCAGUGAGUUUGGAAGAGGAUUGGAAGCGCUUGGCCAGCAAUCCAAAAGUAACAUUGCAAUCUUUUGCGAGACCAGAGCAGAGUGGAUGAUAACCGCCCAAACGUGCUUUAGGCAUAAUUUCCCACUGGUGACAUUUUAUGCAACAUUGGGAGAGGAUGCAAUUGCAUUUGGACUAAAUGAAACUGGCGUUUCACAUCUUGUGACCAGUGUGGAACUGCUAGAGACUAAACUUAAAAAUGUGCUUCCAACUAUCCCAAAACUGAAACAUAUAAUCUAUGUGGACCAGAAGAAAGUGACAACAGAAGGCUACCCAGCAGGACUCUCUAUCCACAGCAUGCAAGCGGUGCAGAAUCUGGGCGCGCUGCCUGAAAAUAUGGGACAGGAACUUGUAAAGCCCCAGCCGUCUGACUUGGCUGUGGUGAUGUACACCAGCGGCUCCACUGGGCGUCCCAAAGGAGUCAUGAUUGUCCACAGUAAUUUGAUUGCAGGAAUGACAGGCCAAUGUGAACGCAUCCCAGGACUCGGCCCUAAGGAUAUUUACAUCGGCUACCUCCCUUUGGCUCAUGUGCUGGAGAUGACCGCGGAGAUCAGCUGUGUCACAUAUGGAUGUCCGAUAGGCUACUCUUCCCCACAGACACUGUCUGAUCAGUCCUCAAAAAUAAAGAGGGGAAGCAAGGGCGACUGCACUGUGCUUAAACCCACACUGAUGGCAGCUGUGCCGGAAAUUUUGGAUCGCAUAAACAAGAAUGUGAUGGCCAAAGUGCAGGAGAUGAGCUAUGUUCAGAAGAAGCUGUUCAACUUGGGCUACCAAUACAAACUAAAGCAGAUCAAGAAAGGCUACGAUGCACCGCUCUGCAAUGCCCUGUUGUUCUCCAAAGUGAAGAAGCUGCUGGGCGGGCGAGUGCGGUUAAUGCUGUCGGGUGGAGCUCCUCUGUCCCCGACUACACAGAGGUUCAUGAACGUGUGCUUCUGCUGCUCAGUGGGUCAAGGCUAUGGCCUCACUGAAACCUGUGGAGCAGGCACCAUCACUGAGGUUGCAGACAAUAGCACUGGGCGUGUCGGCGCGCCACUUAUUUGCUGUGAGUUCAGACUGCGGGACUGGGCUGAAGGCGGCUACACCAACAAAGAUAAGCCCCACCCCAGAGGCGAGGUCUUGAUUGGCGGGCCCAAUGUGACCAUGGGUUACUUCAAGUACGAGAGCAAGGAUGAGGACUUUUUUGUGGAUGAGAGCGGUCAAAGAUGGUUUUGCACUGGAGAUGUUGGUGAGGUUCACCCAGAUGGCUGUCUGCAAAUAGUUGACCGUAAGAAAGACCUGGUCAAACUGCAGGCGGGGGUGUACGUGUCUCUUGGUAAGGUGGAGUGUGCCCUGAAAAACAGCUCCCUCAUAGACAACAUCUGUGUCUAUGCAAACAGCGAUCAGAACUACAUCAUCAGCUUUGUGGUUCCCAACCAGAAGCGGAUGAUGGAACUGGCCAAGCAGAGAGGAUUGGUCGUACAAUGGGAGGAAAUCUGCACUCAUCCUGACAUGGAGAAAGAGGUCCUGAAGGAGAUUAAGGAGGUUGCUGCUAAAGUUAAACUCCAGCGCUUUGAAAUUCCCGUGAAGGUCCAUCUGAGCCCAGAGCCGUGGACGCCUGAGAUGGGUCUCGUCACUGAUGCGUUCAAGCUGAAGCGCAAAGAGCUGAAGAACCACUAUCGCCACCACAUAGAGAGAAUGUAUGAGGCUAAAUAACACCCACAUUCUCUCCCAAUAGGCUUUAUUUCAUCUUGACCACUCUUGCCUGUAAAUAGUUUUCCUGUGAUGUUUGUGGGUUUUUCAUGCUGUCUGUGUUCCAGAGGCACACAGAUGAAAAUGGGCUCAACAGGGAAGUUGUAGCUGUCGAUCCACCUGUGCCGCUGGUGCAUAGGAUAGGAUUGUUAAAGAUGUGCAAGGGUAGCUGCUGUGUUGAAGGACUAUGGUUGUCACCCUCACUCAUCCACGUGUUGCUAAUAAUGUGCCAAGUUAGUCAUGGAAUUUUUAUGAUUGUGUUGCUCUUUUGUAGUUGGAGUACAGAUGUUACUGUGCCUUCAGUUUGCAGCACUUGUCAUCAGCACAAUAUGGCAUUUUGAUAAAAAACUAAAAUGUUUCAACGGCCAUGUGAAAAGUUUACAUGAAGCAUUAGGUCAGCAACACCCCCUAUCCAGAGAGAUGCUUGAGAACUUUGACUUAAUUUAUUUUGGCUAAUUUAAUUUAUGUCCAUUAAUGCUGAAAAAUACCAAAUGUGUCACCAUAAAUGACUCAGGAACACAGUUUUCUUUUUGACACUGCCAAAAGUGGGUUGCUUGCACUUAAGCUGCACAUCUUAUUUUGUUCAGGAUAGGUGGUUGAAGAACAUGCUUGAUGGCGGCAGCUACACUUAUAGCCUAUAUAAAGGGGAAACUGACCAUGUCAAUGUUUUCUGUAUUUUUGUGACCUUAUUUGUAUACUGUACACACAAAAAUCACAGGCCUUGUUGUUCAAGCUUUUCCUGAAAAUAAAUACAUUUUCAUAGUAAA